AUGUCCGAAAAUAAGGGUAAAGUAGCAGAAGAAAUUGACGAGAAUCUUAAAGGUCAAUUUGUCAAAAUUUCAGAGCCAGUUUUGGAUUCCAGGGAAACUUCCACAUUAGACACUUUAGAUGGUAAUAAUAUAGUACUAUUAUUCAGUUUUUCGUAA